UAUUAUUAAGUGUUUGGUUUGUAGUGUAAUUAACCCCUUAUAUAAACAAACGCUAAUAUCUAUCGAUCACAACCCUUACUUUACUGGAAGCCCUAGAUCGACAUCAAGAGACGACUCGCGAUUCUCUGUCUCUCUCUCGCUCGCUAGCUAUCAACCUCCCUCUCUCCCAUCAUACGACAUGGAUGUUAAGUAUUCCUAUUGUUGCCGGCAGGAUGAUAGCAUUAUCCCAGAGAAGAGGAAAGGGAAGUAUGAUGGCUUUUUUGUUUAUGUGCGGAUGUGUCAUAAACUGAGGAAGAUUGCUAAUGGGGGCAGUGAUGCGGAUGACAACGAAGUAAAGCUGGGCACAGUGUGUUCUAUCUUUACUGUGAACCGCAGUGAGUUUCUAGCAGGAGAGAAACUCAGGUAUCGUAUGUAUACCUGCUGUCUACCUUUAGCGUAUGUACCAGACGACAGUGUAAAGGACUCAAUAGUAGACGAGGUGCACAGAUUUGGCUGUUCAAUGCUGGACUUAGGGUUGAAGCCAUUGCCGCUUCUUGUGGAUGUUGGGAUUAGCAUGUUGCAGUUACCUGGUGAGAGUGAAGAUGAGGGGAUUGCCAGGGCUAUGAUGAAAAUGAAUGUUUGGGACUGCGUGCCUGCCACUAAAGCAUCUAUUGGAGCAUUAGAGGAAGUGGUUUUUGAUGGUUUUUGGUCGGUGAAGGAAUGUGGCAAGUGCUCAAAGACCCUUGCAGUAGGGAAGCUUGCUCGUAUGCCGUGCUCUCAUGUAUUUCAUCGGCAAUGUAUUUAUGCGUGGCUGGCGGGUAUCCACAUGUGUCCAAUUUGCCGCUUUACUAUGCCCUGCUGAUCUAAUUGAUAAAUGAGUUGAUUGUUAUCGUUAGUUGCUAGUAAGUAUUGAACUUGGUGGACUUGGUGGGGACAUGAGGCUUGAGGGUGGCUGAACAACAAGUUGCUAUGUGAUGUUUCUUUUGGUUUGGUUAUGAAUCUAUUUCCUCCAAAAAAAAUGAGUGUGAUGAUAAUAUUGGCUAGGAAUGCUUGAACACUGCGAAGGAGUGGUGAAUAUUACAUAACUAUCUUGGAAAUGAAAUUGAUUUAAAAUCACUAUUUUCUGAUC